AUGCUGAAAUGCAAUAUGUCAUUAAUACGCCAAUAUAGCAGCUCAGUGGGUCGGAAAUUUGCUAAUAAAACUGAUGUAGUGGAAUUCUUUUCAAAAUCUACAUGGAAAAGCGAAGACUAUUUACCAAAAGAUGGUCAAAAGCUUCAGCUACCCACUGAAAAGGAGGUUAAAAAGCUUUUAAGGAUAUCUGGUCUUCCUAGUGACAAUUGGAAAAAAGCCCAGCAAAAGUUGGCUAACCAGUUGUCGUUUAUUAAUCAUUUGCAAGAAGUAGAAGUUGAUAAUACAAUUGAUCCAACACAUGCCCGGAUCUUGCCUCGCACGGUGAAACCUUUAUCUCAUACAGAAUUACAGGAUUUUGCAGAAAAACAGCCUAAGGAUGCCAGUUUGGGUGAAAUAAGUGGCUCAUUUGACGGUUCAAAACUGUCAACGAUAUCUGAAGAUGGGUACUUCGUUAUUAGGGAAGGAUUAUUAAAUGAUCGGAAAUAG